AUGGACCCGAACAACCAUCACGGCCCCCCGCCCUACUCGUAUGGUGGUUACGGCGCAUAUCCUCACAGCCAUGCGCCUCAGGACAACAAUGCGAAUGCAAACGUUCAUGUACACGUCCAUUCCGGCUCGUCGGACUACUUUUCCCACGUAAACAAUAUACAGCUCCCCAGCUUGAAUGACGCCAUGGACAACCACCACCACAACCCAGCAGCAGCAGCAGGACCACCACCUCCACCCUCAGGAAUUGGCUCCCUCAACUUUGACAUUCUCGCCUGGCACCCCGCAUAUCAAUCCUGCCAACGUUUCUUUCUCGACCACGCCCAACACGAAGCAGCUACACAGGCCGUUUGUGCACUGCUCAACAUCCGUCUUCCCUUCCAAUGGCAGCCCAACCCAAUCACCUCCUCGCAGCCAUCAAAUCAGAACAAUGGUGGCCCGGGCUUCAACUUCAAUGCCUAUGGUCGGAAUACAAACACCUCACCCAUGGGACGCCAACAGCAGAACAGCCCCCCUUCAUGGGUKAGUCCCGUGCCUUAUAUCCGGCGAUUAGUGGUUACAGGCUUCGACAACCCGGCCAUUCUGCACGGUUUCUUCGGUGAUGAUUACAUCAAAGGCGUCAUGCCUCAUGUGGAAUGUGAACGGAGGAAUUACUUCUUCGCGGCUAAGCAUGGCGGAUGGAGCAGCUGCAAGAAGCAGUAUGACAGCGGUUCAGGAGGUGGAAAUGGAGAUGACGAAAGUCUCCCAUUCAUGAAGCCCAUGGCGCGGGCAGAAGCUGUGGAGCUGGAUGCUGCUGAUCAGGAGUGGAGUAAGUGGUUGGCAUUUGAAGAUUGGAAAGUUGGGCCAAGAGCUGUCGAAGGGGCCAACGUCAGAGCAGAGAAAAGAAAUACCAACAUGGAGCAUGCACUCGCGCAGACGCAGGCACAGGCCAGCGGUGGAUCUGGGUUUGUGCCGAUCAAAGUUGAGGAAGGCGUUGAUGGUGUUGAGAGACAGGCGAUGGACGAUCGGAGGCAUCAUACCGGCAUGAUGGAUGGGUACGGCUCGCGGUGA